AUGCCUACUCUUCACCAGUACGACUAUGUCUUCGCGAUCGGCACCUUCUUUGCCCUUCUUGAUGCGUAUAACAACGGUGCUAGUAAGUUCUCCAUGGCAGUACCGGGUUGUGGUAUUUGGAUGCUGACAUGAUCAUAGACGAUGUUGCCAACGCCUGGGCUACCAGUGUCUCCUCCAAAUCCAUCUCUUACCGAUGGGCCAUGGUCCUCGCUACCAUCUUCGAGAUGGUAGGUGCCAUCACUGUCGGUGCUCGGACUGCAGACACGAUUAAGAACGGCAUCAUCCCGAACAAGAUCUUCAACGACAACCCUGGUGUCCAGAUGCUCGCCUUCACCUGCGCCCUUGCUGGUGCCUCCAUUUGGGUCAUGUGGUGCACCAAGCACUCCGCUCACGUUUCCUCCACCUACUCGCUUAUCUCCUCCAUUGCUGGUGUCGGUGUCGCCGUUGCUGGAGCGAGCCAGGUCCAAUGGGGGUGGAACGGAGGCAAGGGAUUGGGAGCCAUCUUCGCUGGUCUCGCUAUGGCACCUGCCAUCGCCGCUACUUUCGGUGCUACCAUCUUCAUGCUCAUCAAGGUGGUCGUCCACAUGAGGAAGAACCCGAUCCCAUGGUCGGUCUUCACGUCGCCAUUCUUCUUUCUUAUCGCCGGUACCGUCUGCACGCUCUCCAUCGUCUACAAGGGUAGCCCGAACCUCAAGCUCAACGCCAAGCCAUCUUGGUACAUUGCCUCCGUCACUGUGGGAACUGGUGUCGGUCUCGCUGUCCUGGCCGCCCUCUUCUUCGUUCCAUUCCUGUACUCCCAGGUCAUCCUAAAGGACGCCUCCGUCAGAUGGUACCACGUCUUCAAGGGACCACUUCUCAUGAAGCGCACAGUUGUCGAGGGUGCCGAGCAAGCUCGCGUUCCGGACUACGCCAUUGGCCACCACGAUGAGGAGCAGUCUGACGGUGAUUCUGGCGAGACUUCCGUUGAUGGCCCUGGCUACGGGGACAAGACUCUUGCCUCGGCCGAAGUCACUCAGCUUACCUACAAGGAGCGCGUCAAGGCCGGACAGGACCGUCUUCACGCCAAGCUUCGACAAGGCCGUGGCCCUCUCGGCUGGGCCAUGCGCAGUCUCCACGACAACCCAAUGCCCGCUGGUGAGAUCUACGAAUUCAAGAACAUGAAGGUCUUCCUCUUCAAGCGCGUCCCUGCCAUGAUCGUCUGUGGUGCUCUUUACGGCGCCCACUACGACAUUCACGCCGCCCAGACUGGUAUCGCCGGUACUCCUGAGGGUGAUCGCAUGGCUCGUGUCUAUGAUCACGCUGAGAAGUAUCCCAACGAGGUCGAGCAUGCCUAUUCUUUCGUCCAGAUCUUGACUGCCUGCACUGCUUCUUUCGCUCACGGUGCCAACGAUAUCGGCAACGCUGUCGGCCCAUGGGCUGUCAUCUACUCCGCCUGGUCGACUGGUUCCGCCGCUGGAUCUAAGGCUCCCGUGCCGAUUUGGCAGCUCGCUGUCGUUGCCGCCACUAUCUCUGUCGGUUUGAUCACCUACGGUUACAACAUCAUGAAGGUCAUGGGCAACAAGAUCACCUACCACUCCCCAAGCCGAGGUAAGCCUGCCUCUUCUUAAUGCCCAAAUGCGCCAAUGCUAACAAGUUCUCAGGCUGCUCCAUGGAAAUGGGAGCUUCGAUCACUGUCCUCGUCUUCUCGCAGUAUUCUCUCCCUGUGUCGACUUCCAUGUGCAUCACUGGUGCCACUGUCGGUGUUGGUCUCUGCAACGGCUCCUUCAAGGCCGUCAAUUGGCAGCGGGUCGGUCUUCUAGUGAUUUCCUGGAUCGUCACCAUCCCAAUUGCCGGUACCCUCGGCGGUGUCCUUAUGGGAUUGUUUCUCAAUGCCCCACACUUCUCAUAG